CCCGGCCCUGGCCUGCCCUGUUGCUGUGGCGCCGCCGCCGUCGACUGCUACCCUUGGACCCUCGCUAUGGAAGAGACAGUAGAAGACCCCCCCACGUCAGCUGUCUUGCUGGAUCAUUGUCACUUUGCGCAGGUCAUCUUUAACAGCGUGGAGAAGUUCUACGUUCCCGGAGGGGACCUCACCUGCUAUUACACCCUCACGCAGCAUUUCAUCCCUCAGAGAAAGGAUUGGAUUGGCAUCUUUAGAGUAGGAUGGAAGACGGUUCGUGAGUAUUACACCUUCAUGUGGGUUACUUUGCCUGUUGACCUCAACAAAGGGUCAGAGAAACAGCAGGAAGUCCAAUUCAAAGCUUAUUACCUACCCAAGGAUGAUGAGUAUUACCAGUUCUGCUAUGUGGAUAUGGACGGUGUGGUCCGGGGAGCAAGUAUUCCUUUCCAGUUCCGUCCAGAGAGUGAUGACGACAUCCUGGUGGUCACCACUCAGGGAGAGGUGGAGGAGAUUGACCAGCGUAACAAGGAGCUUUAUCAAGAAAACCAGGAGCUGAAAGAAAGCUAUGUGAGUCUCCAGAAGCGGAACUCGGACAUUCAGACUGAGCUCCAGAAAAUGCAGGGACUCCAGGAGGAGCUAGAGACCCUAAAGAAUAUCAAUAGGACGUUGGAGCAGAAAGUGAAAGAGCAGAAGGACUGUUGGGAGAGAGAGCUGCUUCAACUCAGAGAACAAAACCAGAAGAUCUGUUCAGAAAAUGAGAAGAUGGGAAUCAGAGUAGAUCAGCUUCAGGCCCAGCUAUCAACUAAAGAGAAAGAAAUGGAGAAGCUUAUUCAGGGAGAUCAAGAUAAGACAGAGCAGUUGGAACAUCUGAAAAAGGAAAAUGACCAGCUGUUUCUCAACUUAACUGAUCAGAGGAAGCAUCAGAAGAAGUUGGAGCAGACUGUGAAUGAGAUGAAGCAAAAGGAAACUAGUUCAGCAAAGAGACUGCAAGAGUUAACGGACCAGAACUUUGACUUGUCAAGAAGACUGAGUGAAAAGGAGCUUAUAUAUACAACUCUGCAGCGAGACAAUGAGACGGUGCAGGGAGAAAAUGAUCUUUUGAAGAGGGAGAACAGCAGACUGCUGAGUUACAUGGGCCUAGAUUAUGACAACUUGCAUUAUCAAGUUUCUGCUUCAGCUGAAGGAGGUGCACAGCAAAAGCAAGUGCUGGUAUAUGGAAACCCGUAUUGUGGUAUUCAAGAAAGUUCUUCCCCCAGCCUGGCCUCCAUCAGGAAGUGCCCCAGCUGCACCAUGGACUUCGAGGAGGAGCACACCUUAGCACAGCAUGUGCAGGCCCAUUAUUUGGAUUGUCCGAUUUGUGCUAAGAGCUUUCCAAGAAGCCAGAAGCAGAUCUUUGAGGACCAUGUGCUCUGCCACUCUCUCUAAGUGCCAUAGCCGCUUUGAUCUACACUGUAGAUAGAUUCCAUAGAACAGAACCAAUCGCUUCUUUCGACUAUGAGUUAUGAUUCAAGAUCCUGCCUCACCUGAAACUAUUAGGGAUGUAUUCAGCCCUGCUGUCCCUAGAACUGGAGACGUACCGAUUAUCUGAAGACAUACUGAUUAGCUGUUAUUAUUCCAUCUUUUAAGUGAAAGACCUCUAGGUGUGUCAGCCUCUCCCCUGUGGUACCCACUCUUUGCGGGUCUCCAGCCCAGGAUGGACUGGACCUGGCUGCUCACUACAGGCCUGACAUUGAGCGAUUAGUUCUCAAAGCUUGUGUCACUGCCAUUCAAGGUUAGAUUCAGCCCUCAGUCCUAACUCGGCUAGAGAAUAAGCAGGUUUUUAUCUGCAUAAGCACAUUAGACUAGCCAAAAAUGGCCCAGCAGGGAAUGACAUCUAAUUUGACUAGCAAAGGUUUCACAGCUGAAUUUCUCAGUUCCCAGCAGAAGCAUCUUACUCCUGAGCCAUGGACAGGAAGUGAUAGUCCCCACAGAAAGCCUCCCUUCUCUCUGGUCACCUGGUUGCAGUUUUGUACUCCGAUCUUUCCUGUGCACAUGUUUUUAUUUAAGUCCUUGUUUGUGACUGUUGGAAAUUGGGAGUGAAACUUCCUGAGGAGGUCAGUUUGAGCAUGGAUUGUCGGUAUGGAUGAGUUAAUAAUGUGACAAAACAUUGCUAAUCACUUUAAUACAAAAUAAUAAGCGAGUCCUCUAUGUUAAGGACUGGAGUAUUUUUAAGUCUUGAAUUCAUGGGAAAAGUGUGAUUAAAGGUGUUUGAAGAAAA